AUGUCUUCGUGGAUAUCUCGGGCCACCGAGAGCCACAAGGCGCAGUUGGUGACCACAGCCGUGGUGUCGGGAGUGGUGGUUGGGAGUGCGAUUCUGGGUCUCCAGAAAGCACGGCGCAUGUACAAAGUCGAGACUCUAAAGGCUUCAAUACCAGACAUUGAUGGCGAGCAUCACGCAGCACGGAAAGGAGACUACGACGAUGGUUGGUCCGCCCCUUCUUCCACACGUCCCCUUCUAACAUCCCCAGACCUCAUCCUCGAGCAGCUCGCCCGAAACCGCGUGUUCCUCACCGACGCCGGCCUCGCCAAGCUCCGCUCCGCCUUCAUCAUCGUAGUGGGCUGCGGCGGCGUCGGCUCCCACGCAACCGCCGCCCUCGCCCGCUCCGGCUGCUCCAACCUCCGCCUCAUCGACUUCGACCAGGUAACCCUCUCCUCGCUCAACCGCCACGCCGUCGCGACCCUGGCCGACGUCGGCACUCCCAAGGUUCACUGUCUCCGCCGCCGCCUCGAGCAAAUCACCCCCUGGACGCACUUCGACUGCCGCAACGAGCUGUUCGGGGAAGCCUCCGCGGCGACGCAACUCGCGCCCGACGCCGAGGGCCAGGCACCCACCUUCGUCAUCGAUGCUAUCGACAACAUCGAGAGCAAAGUCGCACUGCUGGCGUACUGCCACAAGAACGGGCUCCCCGUCAUCUCCUCCAUGGGCGCGGGGUGCAAGUCCGACCCCACGCGCCUCUUCAUCGGCGACAUCUCCGCCUCAACCGACGACCCCUUGUCCAAGUCCACGCGGCGCCGGCUCCGCGCGCUCGGCGUGAAAGACGGCAUUCCCGUCGUCUUCUCCACGGAGCGGCCCGGCCCCGGAAAGGCACAGCUGCUCCCGCUCUCGGACGAUGAGUUCAAAAAGGGCGACGUAGGGGAGCUCGGCGUGCUGCCCGAUUUCCGCGUGCGCAUCUUACCGGUUCUGGGCACUAUGCCUGCUAUCUUCGGGCUCGCGGUGGCGAACCACGUCAUCUGCGCUAUCUCGGGGUAUCCGCAGGAGUACCUCCCGUCCAAGAACAGGGACAGCAUGUACGACGGCAUCCUCGGCGCUUUGCAAGGCUCGGAAGGCCGGAUCGCGAAGGACCUCGGGUUCAACCAGGAGGGUCUGCGCAUCGCCAUCACCAAGGAUGACGUCGGGUACCUCAUCGAAGAGGUGUACAACGGGCGCAGUGUUGUCAGUGGGCUGUCGACGAGGUUGGCAUUGGUCAGGUGGAAGAAGCCUGACAAGGAGAGCUUCAUUGAUCGGAGGACGCCCGGGCAGAACAAUACGUAUCUGGGAAUGAAUGAGGUCGUGUGCAUGACGAAGGAGGAGGCGGCGAAGCAUGAGAAGGAAGUGCUGAGGGGUGGGAAGGAGCCGGGGGAGGUGUGGGAUGGGAAGGUUGUGGAGAGGGUGAGGGGGAAGAUGGAGGAGGAGGGGAGGUAUGAGAGGUUUAGAUAG